UCUAAAUGACAUUUCGAACACACAUGUCAAUACAGCUUCCUACAUUUCUCCCGCCGCUUUUUAUCUCGCCCGCUAUAAAUAGUGUGUCCGCCGUCGAAACGACAUUCAGUAGCCUUCGCGCAGUCUACAGAAGUGCACGAUGAGAGUACUGAUUGUCGCCGCCGUCCUCGCCUGCGCCGCCGCAGCGCCCUCGGGCCUGCUGGCUGGUCCCUACGGCCAUGGUCUGAUCGGCCAUGCCGCUCCCCUGGCGUAUGCUCAUGCCGCACCUCUGGCUGUAGCUCACGCCGCGCCUUUGGCUGUGGCUCACGCUGCAGUCCCCACCAUCUCCCCCGGUGACAUCCAGGGCGCCGCCAUCGACGCUCACGUUGAAGCCGCUGACCACGUCCGCGCCGCCGUCGACCAGGCUGCUGAGCUCCACGGACAGGCCAUCAACGCCGCUGAGGAUCACUCGUGGCAGGCUGUUGAUGCCGUGAAGACCCAUGAGGCUCAGGUUGAUGGUGCCACCGCCGGUGUCGCGCCCAUCCUCGCUAAGCAGCUGGCUGGUCACGCCGGAGUAUACGCCGCCGCCGCUCCCGCGCUCGCGCACGCCGCCUACGCCGCGCCCAUCGCGCACGCCGCCUACGCCGCUCCCAUCGCGCACGCCGCGCCCGUGCUCGCGCACUCCGCCUACGCCGCCCCCAUCGCGCACGCCGCCAGCCACUCCGUGUCCUCCCAGUCCCUGCAUCAGACCCACCCCGCCCCGCUCGUGCACGCUCCCGUGAUCGCUCACGCCGCUCCCAUCGCGUACGGCGCGCACGCCGGCUACGCUCAUGCCGGACUCGCUCAUGGCCUAUCUCACUGGUAAAUUUAUAGAAUAUCAAAUUUGUGCCAAAAACGUUCUAAUACUCAAUUGUUUGGACUUUAAAUUAAAACAGACAGAUAAUAGAGAGGCGAGGAUGUGUAAAUAAAGAAAAUAGUCAAUUUA